AUGCGCGUCCGCAGCGUCGCCGCGCUAGCACUCAUCGUGCUGCUGGUGUACGGCUGCGGCUUGAUGGUCUUCUACUCCAUGAGCGUGCGCACGGACGAUGAGGGCCGCCCGGCGCUCCGCGGGCGCCAGCACUUCGUGGCGACGACGACCAAGGCGCCGCUCUUCGUCAAGGAGGCCGCCGCAUCCGACAAAGCCGCGCGCGAGGCGAACGCGAAGGCACCAAAAGUGUUAAGGAAGGCCUUCUCCACUGUACUGUGUGAUGAUGGCGACGCGCUCCCGGCCGUCGUGCUGCUCAUGUCUUUGUUAAGAUCCGGCACGGACGCGCAGCUCAUCCCGCUGCUGACGCCGCGCGUAUCAAAACAACCGGAGGAGAUUUUGCGGAUGAUGGCACCGUCGCGCGUGAAGCCGCGGCGAAUUAGGGACGUCCGCUGGCCGGGCUUUACGGAGGCGACGCACUGCCGCUACGCCCGCUUCCGCGCGUUCGGGUUAUCUGGUUUUGAUCGUGUCAUUUAUUUGGACGCGGACUCGUUUGUCGUCGCGCCGCUCGAUACGUUAUUUAAAAUAGACCGGCUCGGUGCGGUGCCGGGCGCCUACCCUCGAAGUCUAUCUUCAUCUUUAUUAGUAUUGAAGCCCUCUAUCGACAUGAUGGAGAAUCUUAUCACAAGGAGCGAGGCGCAAUUUGAUGAUGUAGGUGCAGCGCAAGUCCUGGAAGGCCAUCUGGACGAGCGUUCGGAAGACGCGCGGUUUGAUACCGAGACGGAAGGCUGGCUCUCGUUAGAUGCGAAGUACGCCCUGGCGCCGUCUCAUCUAAAUGAUCCCGCGGGCGCGAAACUCGUACAAGGUCUAGAACGGCGCUGGGAGCUCGAGGCGAAGGACCCGCGCAUGGGCGCGCCGCCAAAAGACGGCCUCGCUUCAGUUCAUUUCGGCGGCGGCGCGAAGCCCUGGUGGGUGUCCUCAUUCAAAGAUUUUGUGGGGAGCUACGCACCAGUAAUAUGGUUGCGGUGGUGGCGCAGUGCCGACGAGGCCGCCGCCCAUUUGGGAUGUGUCGGAUAUGCGGCCCAUCUCCCAUCUCAAGGCCAAAGGUGCGGCGUGGCCCUCUGCCAGAAUUCGACGCUGGCGUUAUGUAGACCUAGAACCUGUGAAAACGUCCAGGCCCACUUCGCCACCAGAGGCCACGACCGCAUCUCCCAUAGAUUGACCGUGGUCCUGAAUACUAUUGAUGGCUCAAAAAUACCUCUGGAGCGGCUCGUGGCGCACUACGCGAACGCUACAAUUGUACAACGAAUUGUGAUCGCGUGGCACUCUUCAAGCCCGCCGCUCGCGGACCCGGCGCCGCGGCGCGUCGUCCAGAGUGUGCGAGGAGACGACGUCGCCGUCACGACGCUCUGGCGGCCCCUCGCGGCGCCGUCGCGGCGGUAUGCCCUGUUCGAGGUCCCGACGUCGCACGUCCUCAUCGCCGACGACGACGUCGUCGUGGCGGCGUCGUCCCUCAACGCGCUCCUGGCCGCGGCUCGAGAGGGCAACGGCAUUGCCUCGCCCCUAGUUAUGUCGCACGACGGUCUCGAGGUCGGACUGAACGGCGGCGAGGACUCUACCUUCUCAUUAGCGUCGGGGCGCCUGCAGGUCGUGCCGGCGUGGUUGUUGUUCGUGUACCGGUGUUUAUUACCGCCGCAAGUCCACGCUUAUAUUGAGGCCGUCGAGGGCUGCGCGGACGUCGCGUUUUCGCUCGUCGCGGCGCGCGCGGGCCUGGGCCCGCCGCGCUUCGUCGACGUGCCCGUGGCGGACUACGCCGUCAAUGGCGCGCGGAACCAUCGCACGCUAGAUAGGUGCCCGCGCGAGCUUGCGGCUUUACUGCAGAUGCGGCUGAGCGACCUGCCGACGGCGUCGCUGAAAACGGCGCGCAUCGCUUCCGCACCGGACGCCGUCCUCUUCCCGCGGACGAUGCGGGACUUUCCCUCAUCCACAAAACGGGCACGGAGCUCCUUCGCGUUGAAACGGACAGCACGCAUCAUCGACGUCCUCGCGGACGGCGCCGUGGACGCGCAAUACCCGUCGGAGCCGUCCUACAACCUGCUCAAGGUACGGAGCUGGGCGCGGAGCCCGAACGAGACGCACUCGGAACGGUACCUCGAUCGGUUCAUGUUACGGCCACAACUCCCUUACGACAAGUUCGUGCAAAAAGCUCGCGUGGAAUCGAUGGCGGCGGCGACGGCGGCCGAGGCGGCGGGCAUCGCCGCGGCGGCCUUCGCGGCCGAUGACGACACGGAGUCCUACAAUUCGCGGGAGACGAAUUAUCUCAGGGCCGUGGCGGCGGUCUUUCUGAAAAUAAGACGAGUGGACCUCGCCCAGGUCGCUUCCGAUGGACUCGCUCUCUUAGAACCGGAGUUGGACGGCCCCGCGUGCCCGCUGCGGGUCUACUACUGCCCGAAACUCAACGAGCAGUGGUUGGUCUCCGAUUUGACGUUCGCGAACCUGAAAGCGAACACGCGCCAGUCGCGCAAGGGCUCGCAGCCCUACUUCGUGCCCCUGAGCAUGGCGGGGCCCCUGGUCGUCGUGGAUUUGAGGGCGCUGGACGAUGCCUACGGGCGCUACGUGGCCACGAAGGGCCUGCCGGACACGUCGCGGCCGGGCAAUGUGACGCUCGCGCUGUUCUACGAUGAUGUGGAUGCUUUGAACGAGACGGCGCCGCGGAAGGGUGGGGCUUGUUCAUUUAGGUCGUCGCGGGCGCCGGGCGCGGCGCGGCCGCGGUUCCGGGCUGUGGCGGGCGGGUACGGGUAAUUUAGGUUAUAUGGUGAGCUUGUAUCUCGACUACGGCGUCUCGCGGGCGCGGAGCGCCGCUCGCGACCUUUUCAGGUCGCGCUCUAUUGAUACUAGGAGCGGGUGCGCGCCACCAAGCACGCGCCGCGCGAUCCGUUCAAUUUCCUCGAAAAUCGUCAAGGCCUCGCGGAGAUCGUCGAGCGUGGCGUCAGCGUCCAUGUAGAGCGACUGCCCGUAACACGCCCUCAUCUUGAGCGUGAGUCUAUCAUUCUUUCCGAGGACGCGUCGCGCCACGGGCAUCGUUUUUAGUAACAAUGACUUGGCUUCUUCCAAGCGCUGUAGACCACGAAGAUCGUUGUUGAAGGCUGCUCGGAGGGUGUCUAUACUGAUUGAUUUCCACACAGGUAAAAAUGCCCGCGACCCUAGCGACCCUGGCCGCGCCCGGUGUGACGGGCUUGUAUUACGUCGAUCUGGAUGCCGUGGUGGAGCACCCCUGGACGAUUCCACAGGACCUGCUCGCGGAGCACCGGGCCAACUUGAGCGACGUGAGCUUCGGGAUCAUGGAUGUGCUCCGGUGGAAGGUCCACGGCAGCCGCUUCUACGUGCGCGAUACGAGCCGGGGCCGCGACUUCUUCGCGGCGUGGUUCAGACAUAGGUGCACGUGCGUUGUCGCGUGGAAAUACAAGGGUGAUCGCGUCGACGCCGUCGACGUGGCACGCCGAACGCAGGUUCAAGGACCAGUACUCGCUCUGGCACACGAUACUAUCCAUGGCGGGCCGGGAGGGAUGUAUCGAUUACGAGGGCGAAUUAUACGCACGGUUCACGUACCGCAUGGCUCGGCAUGCGAAGUUACAUAAAGUACCGGCGCCGCUGGCGCUGACCUGCGAGGCGAUCGACGCGCGGUGCCCGGGCUGGCGCUUCUCGAACACGGGCGGCGCCCAAUGUCGGCCGGGCCUCCACCAGUCGCCGAAACUGUUACCGCAGAUCUUUCACCACAGCGAGCAGCAGACGUUUCCCCUCUCCGUAAUGUACGGGGACCGGUCGUACGCCAUGGUCGUGGAGAGCGCGUGCUUUGAAGGAAAGCGGCGGCGCGACCCCGCGGAGUGCCCGGCGAACUACUCUGCUUAUGUCGCGGGGCUCGGCGUCGACGCGCGCGACCGGCGGCGGCACCCGUGGCAGGCGCGCAAUCCUCCGCGCUUAACCUUAGUAUAA